AUGGCCAUAGGGAAGCCCAAGGAAGCCGAAGGCGAUAUUCCGGCCAACGCCGUACCCUUACCGUUGCGAAGAUCUAUGUCGACGUUGUCGCUGAAGGUGAAGGCAGCCAAGUCAGCAAUCAGACGCUCAGCGAGUCUACGUGGGCCGAAACCUAGGCUCCAGAUUAGUUCGGUGACUGCAGAUAGGCCGCCAUCUCUUGCGCCUAUCCGUAUCCACACCCCGAUCAACCUCAACAAGCCUCUACCCAACCUUCCCGAUGACGAUAGCUCAAGAUCAGGCAUCGGAGGUGGAGCCGGCACCGAUGAAAUUGAUACCGGUGUCUCAAUUAACGACUUUGAAGGGUAUCUAGACAUGCUGGCCUAUGUCAAUAGAAAGCUGCCUGUUGUUCCAGGCCCAAGUCAGCCCGUACCUCGGGCUGCGUCCUUGUCGCCAUCGCUCUCCAUUCGAAGCCCGCCCAAAGAGGAUGAGUGGAUAUCCUCUCGGCCUCCAAGUCGAACAAGCACAAUAUUCUCCCACAAUGACGAGGUCCGUCGAGUGAGGACCCACAGUGGCUUGCUUUGCCGGAACAGUCCUGCUGGCAGGACUGUCACACCCAUGUCAUCGCUUGGCUCAGAAUCAGGGCUGCGGAUCAGCACAAGAGCUUCCCUUCACACAUCUGUCGUUACUUCGAGAAUUGAUGAGCUGAGCGAGCCGGCGACCCCCAAGUCACCUUGUUUGCCGCCAAAGAGGGUCGCCACCCCCCCGCCCAAGCAGUGUUGCCAUUGUGGUCAGGAUCCAGACGAAAAGGAUAUUCCAGGAUCGCACUCUGGCCCUUUGGUUACAAUCCGGAACUUGGACCCAACCAACGUCAACUCGAGUCCCCUCACGGUCAUCAACAUUAAGAAACAUGAAAAGGACCUCGAAAGCAAAAUGACUGGCCCGACCAUCUCAGCCGAAGACGACCUCGGUCGGCGUUUUGUGUUGUAUCCAGAGACAUCUUACUUCAUCGCUCUUGAUGGUUCGCGCAACGACCUCUUGGAGUCAAUUGCACGACAGACACCCCCAAGCACUAACAACUCGCCGUCAAGCCCACUGACACCUUCGCCAUACGAGCGACCACUCAACCCCGAUCCAUAUUCCGACGAGAACUCGCCCUCGAAAAGGCUCAUCUCCCCUUACCAACGGCCCUCAAAUCCUGAGCCUUGCACAGUAUCAAGCCCCCAUUCGGAACCGAACCAGGAAGAGGAAGCCCCAGACAAAGACCCGGAAGAGGGCCUGGACAGGUCUACAAAUGGAGAGGAACCCACUUUCUGGAAAGACCCGGCUGGAACGAUUGUGGUGUAUGAAGGUGUAGCCCGCGACGGAAACCAAGUCUUCUACGGCUCGGAUAUCAACUAUCUUGGUUCUUUCUAUGACGCCGAAGAGGGAUCCUCUGGGCUGGGGAGCGCAGUGGACCUCGUGGGCCUCUCCUCUGGCCUACAUGUAAUCCACGAGGACAGGAGUUCAGAGGAUCUCGCCAUGUGGGACAGUGACGUUCUUACCUUCUGUUAG